AUGGAGGGUCCGGACAACGUCUCUGUGGAGACAAUGGGGAUGAUCCCUCGGGCCAUUCGGCAGAUUUUCAGCUGUGCAGAGGAGCUGAAGAUAAAGGGGUGGCAGUACAAAUUCACAGCAAGUUUUCUUGAAAUCUAUAACGAGACUAUCAAGGAUCUGCUGGUGAACCGGCCUGACAAGAAGCAGGAAUACGACAUCCGCAAAGUAAAUAACACCAGCAAUGAAGUCUACGUCACCAACCUGCGCUAUGUGGAGGUCUCCAGUGUAGAGGAGGUGCAUGACCUCCUCCAUGCAGCUAAAACACAUCGCUCUGUGGCCAAAACGGCGCUUAACGACCGGUCGUCUCGCAGCCACAGUGUUUUCCAGCUGAAAAUUGAGGGCGAGAACAAGCUAAGAGAUGUCCAUACAUCGUCGGUCCUAAGCCUGAUUGAUCUUGCUGGGAGCGAGCGUCUGGACCGGUCGUUAUCAACUGGUGAUCGUUUAAAGGAAACGCAGAGCAUCAACACUUCACUGUCCACCCUGGGGAUGGUUAUCACCUCUCUGUGCAACAAAGACUCCCAUAUACCCUACAGAAACAGCAAACUGACUUAUCUUCUACAGAACAGUUUGGGAGGAAACUCAAAAGUGUUGAUGUUUGUGAAUAUUUCUCCUUUAGAGGAAAACUUUGCAGAAUCUUUGAACUCUUUACGUUUUGCCAGCAAGGUCAACGAAUGUGUGAUUGGCACAGCACGGGCAAACAGAAAAUAA